UAGUUAUUCGAUGGAUUACAUUUGUCAGCUAAGCAAACAGCUGGAUUAUAGCGAUCUGCGAGUGCCGAGCGGCAUUGGGAGAAUUAAGAGUCGGAAGGAGGCUUGGAAUGUGAUCGUGUUCCCAACAAAUGUUACUGACGUAGUAUGCUUCGUAGUUUUGCUCACGUGGAAUAGGUAACCAAUGGAAAAACCUAGGCCAUGUGGUUGCAAAGGGAUCAGAACUUGCUUAAUAUGUGAGAGAGAAUUUGGAAUUCCCAAGAAGGAUUUUAAAUCCCCCAAGGGCUGCAAAAGCUACAUAUACUGUGCUUUUUGUAACAAAGCAUGGGAAGGCUCAUGUAUGAAAGACUACAAAACUCAUUCAGCCCAUGAAGGAGAUGCUAUUGAAUUUCCAGGAAUAUAUAUACAGCUUGAUUUCUUGACACCAGAAGAAGAAGCAAUCUUAAUUAAUGGCAUUGAUGAAAUGCCAUGGGAUUUAUCUCAGAGUGGCCGUAGAAAGCAGAAUUUUGGACCAAAGUGUAAUUUUAAGAAGAAGCGUCUGCAGUUGAGUGUGUUUAACGGUUUCCCAGAAUUCACAAAGUUUGUGCAAGAGCGUUUUGAGACUGUACCAUUAUUAUCAGGGUAUAAAACAAUUGAACAGUGCUCCUUGGAAUAUGAUCCAAUACGUGGUGCAUCAAUUGAUCCUCAUAUUGAUGACUGCUGGAUAUGGGGUGAGCGUAUUGUUACUGUUAAUCUUCUGUCAGACAGUAUGUUGACAUUUACAAAAUACAGAGGUGAUAUUAAGCGAUAUAAUUUGUGCUGCGCAUUUGAGUAUCGUCCAGUUGUCCUUGGUCCUCUAGACUGUUGUGAACAAGAAGAUUGUGUAGUUCGUGUACCCAUGCCAAGGCGAUCUCUCUUGGUGAUUUAUGGUCCAGCACGGUAUGGUUGGGAACACUGUGUUUUACGUGAAGACAUUUCAGAAAGAAGGGUGUGUAUUGCUUAUCGGGAGUUCACUCCACCAUAUCUUAAAGGUGGGCAACAUGAAGAGAAGGGAAGUGAAAUUUUGAAUGCUGCCAACAAUUUCUGGGACCAUAGGAUGUCACAGGAAUUGUGAUCAUGGGCACAGAAGCUCUUACAUGUUACCUCCAAGGAGAGAGAAAAUUUAUACAUGGGUAACUUUCCUGCAGAUGCACAACAUUAACCAUUGGAAGAAGUCUGUACAUAUAAGAUUUAACAGCUUAAUUAAGAGCAAGUACAUACUUUCUCAUUUUACUGCAUUACGAAAAACUGUGUGUUCUUACCAUUUACACUGCACAUAAAAUGUUCUCAGAGUAUCUUACGAUUGACAUCUAGCUUAUUUUUACAUCAUUUAUUCUAAAAAAAAAAAAAAAAUAAUAAUAUUAGAAUGUGUUGUGUAUACGUGAAAAAUUAAAUUUAUUGAUCCUGUUA